AUGUCUUCCAAACCUCAAAUCGAUAUUAAUGACUUGUUACUUGUAAAAGCAACUCCUGAACAAGCUAUCAUCGCCAAUCAAACUUCUUAUAUUGAAUGGGGUCAUCCAGAAUUAACUUUAGAACAAUAUCUUGAACGAGAAAAAAUUCUGGAAAAUUUAGAAUUCACAAGGGAUAACUUUCAAGUUUGGAUUUUGAUAUCAAAAAAAGAACAACAGCAAGAGAGUACUCCAACAAUUCUUUCUGCAUGUGAAACAUUCAAAAGAAAAGCUUUGAUUAAAGAUAUUACUACUAUUACUACAGAUAAAUUAGAAAAAUUAAGAGAGGUUGAUGAUGAAGAAGGAGGAGGAAAUGUUAAAGAAAUAAUUUGUUAUGCUAUUGCAUCAGUAUUUACACCACCAAAUUUUAGGAAUAAAGGCUAUGCAUCUUCUAUGUUAAAAUUGUUAUCUGAUAUUUUGGUGAAAGAAUUGAAAGCUGAAUUUUCAUUUCUUUUUAGUAAUAUUGGACCUCAUUUUUAUCAAAGAUUAGGUUGGAAUGUUGAUGAUCAUAAAGAAAUUAGAUUUAAUGUAGAUAAUAAUAACACACAUAUUUCAGAUAGUGCGGAUAAUGUGAAUAAUGUGGAUAAUAUGAAUAAUAAUAUUAUAGUAGAAGAAACCAAAAAAAUUACUAAUCAGAAUGAUCUGGAACAUAUAAUUCAACAAGAUUGUCAAUUUAUUUAUCAAGAAUUUUCUCAAUUAGAUUUUCCAGCUUUUUUGGUUUUACCAACUAAACCAACUUUCGAAUGGCAUUUUGAAAGAAGUAAAAUUUACGCAAAAUUUAGAAAUAUUAAAAUAACUACUUUUGAACAAAAAUUAACAAUACUUAGAUUUCGUAGUAAUGAUCAAAAAAUCACAAAGUUAUUAAUCGAACAUGCAAAACGAGAAGCUCUUAGAUAUAAUUUAAAGCAAGUUGUUUUUUGGAAUCCUGAUAUGAAAUUAUUUCCAAAUGAUGAUGGAGAAUUAGUAGAAAGAAAAGAUUCUUUACCCAGUUUGGCUUGUCAUUAUAAAGAACCAUCAUUUUCUUAUUUUUCUCAUUUCAAAUGGUUAUUGUUAGAAAAAUAUACUUGGUGUUGA